GGCAGCGGAUUGCGACGCACGACAGGACACGUGCCGCAUCUGCGGAGCAGCCCACAGAGCCAGCGCUUGCACCGCCAAGGCGGUUCCCCGUUGCUCCAAUUGUGACGGCCCUCACCCUUCGUCUUCGCCACGCUGUCCGCGCCGCCCACGGUCUCCGCCUGGACCGGCGCCGACAGUUCGACCGCCAGGAGCAGGACGGUCAUCUCCACGGCCAGGACCGUCCCUCCUUUACCAUCUCGCCGCUGUGCUGCGCCUCCUCACGGACGGCGCCCAGCGGCCGCCUCGGGGAUCACGUCGGCCGCCCCGGAAACCCCCUUCUUCCGGCCCUGCCCGCCGCCCCUCUGGGGCACGGGCGUAAGUGGCCCAACCACCGGCACGCCGGCGGCGCGUUUGACUCUCGCGCGCCCCGGCCCCCGGCCGCCUCGCGCUUCGCGCGGGCGGUGUCUCGACGGCACCUUUCCUCUGGCCGCUGAGGCCCUCGCACACUCUACGCCAAUCGUUGGUCAGCUCUGGCCAAGGCAGUACACCCGGAGGAAAAAAAAAAAAAUACAGACACAUCAAUAAUUUCUGUGAAAUCUGUCAAUUCUCCUAAUUGCGUUGAAAGUAGUGUGGUAGAUUAAAAUUCAUAUCAUUUGCAUCCCGAUUGUUUCGUUGGUAAAUUUUUGUCAUGCGUGCCUCUUGAAAUUUAGAUUAAAUGUAAUGGAUUCUACAUAACCUAGGCCUUUCCACGUAUUCGCGAAUGAAUCGUGUCCGAUAACUCAACCAUUUUUGGUUUUCGUCGUUGAAUAUGGUCCGGCAUAAAAUGUUGGCCAAAACAUCACGCAUCGUGGCACUUUGCUCUGCGGCCAAUUUCAUUAACGCCGCUGACAGAGUCAUCAUGCCCAUUGCCAUAGUGCCAAUGACAGAUGAGUUCAAGUGGUCACUACAUUGGCAAGGAUGGAUAUUGUCUGCCUUUGCAUUCGGUUAUUUCACCAGUCAGAUUAUUGGUGCAUGUGCUGCCAAUAGGUUUGGGGGAAAACUUGUCCUAUUGUUUGCUGUAUUCUUGUGGUCUGUGUCUACUACUAUUACUCCGCUGUUGGCCACAUCAGUUCCUGCACUAAUUUUCUGUCGUGUCCUUCUUGGUCUUGGAGAAGGUUUGGGUUUACCUACCAUAUUUCAUAUAUUUGCUCAUAGUGUUCCCAUAGAGGAGAGAUCUCGAGCUUUUGGAUACUUAGUAGCUGCUGGAUCAGUGGGACAGUUUGCUGCUUCAGUUCUUUGUCCCCAUCUGGCAUGGCAAACAGGCUUCUACUUAUUUGGAACAUUGGGAAUAUUGUGGGUCCUGAUAUGGUUAGUGCUUUAUCAUGACAGCUCGAACACCUCAGCAGAUGACAUUCCACUCUUUGUUCCCAAGGUUACUAAUCCAAAUGUCCAGUGGUGUGAAUUUGUGAGCCAUUGGCCAUUGUGGGCACUAUAUAUUGCACACUUUGCCAUGAACUGGUCAAAUUACAUUAUAAUGCAAUGGCUACCCACCUACCUUGCCCGAAAUCUGGGUGCAAACAAAGAAAGUAUUAGUCUUACAGCUGUUCCAUACGUAGUAAAUUCUCUCACUGGAAUUUUGUCCGGCCAUUUUGCGGAUACAUUGGUGCUUCGUCGAUGGACUGUUCUCUCCGUGCGUAGGUUAAUGACCACCUUGGGCCUUCUUGGUCCAGGAAUUUUCUUACUAGCAUUUUGUGCUGUGGACAAUAUGUUGGCAGCUGUCAUCAUUGUUUCAAUAUCAAUGGGCAUGUGUGCGUGCAAUUCAGCUGGUCAUCUGAGUAAUCAUGCAGAUAUUGCACCCAACCAUGCUGGAGUGACAUUUGCUAUUUCCAAUACUCUGGCAACAAUACCAGGAAUUUUAUGUGGACCUUUGACAGCCGAACUUGUGACACAAUCUCAUGGUCGGUGGUUCCCAGUAUUUGUGUUGGCAGCCGGCAUCAAUUUCACUGGUGCUAUUAUUUAUGUGAGCCAGAGCUCAGCAUCACAAGUUCUUUGAUAACUAUAAGACAUGAUAUUGAAUACUGUCAUAUCAGAAAUCAACUAAAUUAUGACCUCACUUUAAUUCAAUCAAGUAUUUAAGUGCAAGAUUAAAUUUGUGUGACCCUUUGAGUACCCAAUUAUAGUGGUAAGAAUUCUUCCUCCAUUUUUCUUCUUUAAUUUAUAGUUCUGUGAGGGUGUGUGUGUGUGUGUGUGUGUGUGUGUAUGUAUGUGAGAGAGACAGAGAGAGAGAGAGAAAAAGGAAAAGAAUGUGUGUAUGUCUUAAUUCAUUUGCCAGCUUGUGAUAUUAAGUCUAUAAGAGACAAACUCUUGAAGUAAAAUGAUUUAUAGAUAUAUUUCAAGGAGAACUGGGAUGCCUACAUUUUAUACUUAUUCAGUCACUAGGCGAAUUUUGUAAUUGACAGGGUAUGUUUCAGCUGAAUAAAACAACCUUAAUGGGAUUUUCUAGUCUUCAGGAGUCUAGAAGAGAGUAAGUUGUAUGUAAAUAUUUAACAAUAGUUUAUAUUGUAUGUUGAUGCUUGAAAACCAAACAAGUGAUUGUAAUGCAUUUUCAAUUCUGUUCUAAUUGCAUAAAGACACUUGAAAUGUUUGUGAUAUUUAACUAGUUGUUUUAUGUAGCUCCUUCUACCGUUUUGUGGUUUAAAGGCAUUUUAUUACCAACGAUGUAUCUCAAAUAGUAUGAUUUUAUAGUAGCAUCUUACCCCCUUCCACCAUGAAAUAAUUAUUCCGUUCAUCAUGCAUGUAUCAGCGAUGUAGUUGCUUCAUAUUUCAUUUUUGCCUUGUCCAAUGGUCGUAAAUUAAUUUUUAACUGUUCUCCAGAAUUUGUGUAUCAUCUGUGUGUAAUAUUAAUGCUAAGAUACCUUGUUGAAAGUAUAAAUUUAGUUAUUUCAAAUGACUGUAAAUAGAAAGAGAAAUAUUUU